AUGUUACAGCCAAAUUCCAUAUUAAUAUCAAAUCAUCAAAUUUAUACUGAUUGGUUAUUUCUUUGGUUUUUAACUUAUACUUCCAAAAUGAGUGAUUUUGUAUUUAUUAUAUUAAAAGAUUUAUCCAAAAUACCAGUAUUGGGAUAUGGAAUGAAAAAUUUUAACUUUUUAUUUUUAUCAAGAAAAUGGGAGAAAGAUAAAAUUAUAUUGACUAAUCAAUUAUUAGAAAUUGAUGCAAAUGCAAGAGGUAAAGGGCCAGCAAAUGGAUAUAAAUUAUUAACUUCAACCGAAAAGUCUAUUAAAAAGUGGCCGCUGGGUAAAGAUUCAACUAAAAUUUGGCCAUAUGAAUUAAUUUUAUUUCCAGAAGGUACUGUCCCAUCAGAUAGAACAACUAAAAAAUCAGCAGAAUAUGUAUUAUCAAAAGGUUUACCACCUUUAAAACAUGUAUUAUUACCAAGAGUUAGAGGAUUAUAUUUAGCAUUACAAAAAUUAAGAGGAUCAAUUGAAAUAGUAUAUGAUAUUACUACUGCAUAUUCAGGUUUAAAAGAAAAUGAAUAUGGUGAAAUUUUAUUUUCAUUAAAACGAUUUUAUUUGAAAGGUUAUGGACCCCCAGUUAUAAAUUAUUAUAUAAAAGGUUUUAAAAUUGAAGAUAUUCCAUUAGGGGAUGAAUACGUUGAUGAUAUAGAUGACAUCUCCUCGGAAAAUUUACAAAAAUUUGAAGAUUGGUUAUUAAAAAUUUGGUAUGAAAAGGAUAAAUUAAUGGAUAAUUUUUACAAAACUGGUCAAUGGGGAAUUGACCCACAAAAUUCAAAACAUAUAAUUGGAGAUUUUAAAAUGAAAAAUUCAUUUGAAAUUUUUAAACCAUUUUUAUUAAUUUGCAGUGCUAUUUUAAUUUUGUAUUCAUUAAUUAGAUUAAUUAUUAGCUUUACUUUAUAG